CGCGAUUUAUCACGCGCGGGGACACCGACCGAACGCGCCCGGGGCCGCGGGCGAGGGCGACGCGGCGCCGGGCGACAGUCCGACACGCAGCGAGCCAACUGUAACGUGACGGGAGGAGGAAACGAGCUAUUGCAGUGCGACGGCGAAUUACACGCAGACAUGCCUCCCCCCCCUUUGUGUGCUCGGACGGCCGCACGCCGCUACAUAUUCAUACCAGCGCCGACAAACACAACUUAGCAUAUUUUAUUAGUAGUCGGCGACGCGACUCCGGUCACAUUCGACGCGUCGAAGGCGAUUUGAUCGAGGCGGGUGUGAUUGGAGGGCUGCGCUGCUAGCGGGCUAGCGGCGUUAGCUCGCCCGGCUAACGCUGCGCUUUGUGUUGAUGCACACUGGAGCUUUUGAAAGGGAUGCUAAAGUGAAUAAUCAGUCAGAAACUACUAAAUGUGCAAUGGAAAGUGGUGACGGGAACACCGUUUUCCUGUCCUCAGGAAUCCAAACCAAUGGACUGGACUUUCAGAGGCAGACGGUGCCUGCAAUCACAAAUGCACACGCACAAGCCCUCCUCCAACAGUCUAAGUCGGAAGAUUCGAGUGCUCUCCCGACCUCCGUCCAGCAGAGCGUAUUGCCUCAAACACAGCUAAUGUUGGCUGGGGGACAGAUUGCUGGAUUGACUCUGACCCCGGUGCACCAGCAGCUGUUGUUCCAGCAGGCCCAAGCUCAGCUCCUGGCUGCGGCCGUGCAGCAGUCAGCCAGCCAGCAGAACAGCACCACUGGGGCGAGCAUCUCGGCCUCCGCAGCCACACCCAUCACCCAGCUGUCCCUGUCGCAGCCCAUCCACAUCACCCAACUACAGCAGCAGAAUCUGCCUCAGUUUGUUCUGCUCCAGCCUGGCCACCCGAUCACCACACCCCAUCAGUUCAUCAUCUCACAGCAACCACAGGCCCAACCAGCCUUUCACUCUGUGGGCAUAUUGCAAGCCCUUCUAAAUCAACUACCUCCAAACCAAGCUAACCUCCAGGCGACUCAACCAAACAUCACCCUUGCAACUCAGCCUGCAACUCCACCAGCAGCCACACCCAUUCAGCCCCUCCACAAUCAGACACCACCCAAACGGUUGGAUACGCCUACUCUGGAGGAGCCGAGUGAUCUGGAGGAGCUGGAGCAGUUCGCCAAGACCUUCAAACAGAGACGUAUUAAACUAGGCUUCACACAGGGUGAUGUUGGCCUGGCCAUGGGGAAGCUGUACGGAAAUGACUUCAGCCAAACUACCAUCUCUCGCUUUGAGGCCUUGAACCUGAGCUUUAAGAACAUGUGCAAACUCAAGCCAUUGCUGGAGAAGUGGCUCAAUGACGCAGUUUGUGCAGAGAACCUGACAUCUGACCAGGCCCUGUCCAGCCCCAGUGCGCUGGGGUCCCCAGGCAUGGGCUUAGAGGGGCACGGGAAUAACCGCAGACGGAAGAAGAGGACCAGUAUUGAGACCAACAUUCGAGUGGCCUUAGAAAAGAGCUUUCUGGAGCAGAACCAAAAACCUACCUCUGAAGAGAUCACCAUGAUCGCCGACCAGCUCAACAUGGAGAAGGAGGUGAUCCGGGUCUGGUUCUGCAAUCGCCGGCAAAAAGAGAAGAGGAUCAACCCCCCCAGCAGCGGAGGAUGCAGCACCCCCAUCAAAACCAUAUUUACCCCCAGUAGCCCAUUGGUGGCCAACACAGCAAGCCUUGUGAACAGUUCAACUAUUAACACACCCACCACGCUGACUGUAAACUCAGUGAUGCCUCUCACCAGCACCGGUGUCUCCAAUUUGUCUUUCACAGGCACAACAGCUGGAGCCACAAACACGGCAUCCGUCAUCUCCACUUCACCUAUGAUCACCACAGCAACCAGCUCUCCGUCUUUAAGCCCGUCACCCACGACCAUUCAGUCCACGACUACAGAGAGCAAGGCCGGCGCUCAGGCGCAGGCCAUCUUGUCCCAGGCCGCGACAUCCAUAGCUACCACUUUAGGGAGUGGUCAGGUGAUGGUGGUGUCCCCGGGGGUGGCCGCAGCGUUGCAGGGGGCCCAGUUACCGGCCGGUGCGAGCUUUGCUGCUAUGGCCGCUGCUGCAGGGCUCAACCCAGGACUGAUGGCCUCCUCCCAGUUCCCUCCAGGUCUGACUCCUGGCGGCCUUGGCAGUGCGCUGAGUCCUGCCUUCUUGAGCAACAGCACCCUGGCCACCAUUCAAGCUCUGGCGUCGAACGGCACAAUCCCCAUCUCUUCUCUGGACGGCAGUAACCUGCUGUUCGCCAACACCUCCGGCGGCAACGCGCCCAACAUGGUGACCUUCCUGAACCCCCAGAACCUGUCGCUGCUCAACAACCCCGUCAGCCUGGUGUCCACUGGGGCGGGGCUGCAGGUCGACGCUCACCACCAGUCCGUGCAGGCCUCGACCAUUCCCACUGCCUCCAAGGCUCAGUGAAGCCAGUCGCCCCGAAAUUGACGACCCUACUUCCCUAUGUCGUACACUACUCUUAUCACACCACGUAGGGAACAGGGAGGUCGUUAUAAACUCUGUGCUUCACUAACCACCCGACCUUCUUUUCCGUCGUAUCUGUCCUUAUUUAAUCCUUUUGCUGCCACCAAAAAGAAAAGAUCCUCAAAUGAGGUUGAGGUUAACUUUUUUGCUUUUUUUUUUUUUUUGCUCUCUUUUUCCUUUAUGAUUCUUGGAUGUUUUUUCCAAAAACAGUAGCCAGAUGGACACUGUUGUUGGCCUGCCGCUCCUCAUGAACCUUGACAAGUGUCCAGGAAGAAAAUCUCUUCUGCACCAUCAAGCUGUUCAUAUUUUGUGUGCGUGUGUGUGUGAGCGCGUGUGUGUGUAUAUAUAUAUACAAAUAUAUAUAUAUAUAUAUAUAUAUAUAUAUAUAACCUCCUCUUUCCAGGUCAGAAUUUUCUCUGAAACACUUCUAACCAAAAAACUUGCUCUUUUAACAUUCAAACUAAACAGAUUUAUUACUAAUUUCACAAUAUUCAUUAUCACUUAUGGGGAUUUUGUGUGUCAACACCCCAUCUUUAAUUAUACUUUUUUUUUUUUUUUUGGACAGGCCUUGAUGUAAAUCAAAAUAAUAUUUUAGAGACAUUUUUUCUUUUAUUUCAACCUUACUGUGUGUAUUUCUUGACAUUUUCAGAACUUUGUAAGUCUAAUAUCAAGUUAAGAUUUACCUAUCACUUUUUAAUCGUGGUUAUAAGGCUUUAAAACGAGUAAUAAGUGGCCGAUAUAAAGGUUAUCAUUGCUUUAAGGGCCGGAGGGACCGGGUGCGUCCCUCUUUGUCUCUCUUUGUGGAAACACUGACAUUUACAUCAAGCUGCGGUGGCGAAGUAGCCGCCGAGCUUUUGUCUUGGUGCGGAUCAUAGACACUGAUAAGAAAUGACUGAAAACGUGACGUCGAGAGCUUUAAAAAUAAGAGCUGUAGACACGCCAUCUUGUGUCUGAUCAAGGGUGAGUUGUUAUUGGUUGGUGAUCCAUUGGAAAACUGUUCAUUACGUUUGGAUUCGGAGGUAGAAAGUGGAAGUCUGCCUGUGUUCUCUUCAGUUCAGGCAGACGCUGAGAGUUCAGGCUCUGCGGUCGACUGGUCUGUGUUGUGGCGGACUAGUCCUGGGACAUGCUCAUCAUAUCACACGUAUGGUGGCAUUGGCUAGAUGAGGUUAUUGUAUUGUGGGUGUUCUUUUUUUGUUUUACCUUUUUAAUAAUAGUACCGUUGUAUCUACUUGUGCACAGUAUCUGUACCAAAAACUGGAUUGAUGAGCUGCAAGUCUGCCUUUUUUGGGGAGGAAUGAUUUCUGUCUUUUUUUCCUUUUUCUUUUUUUUUGUCUGCAGUCACUUGGCUGGCUUACGUACUUUAAGAUAUACCAAAAAUAUUUGUUAAAAUAAUUGCUGUGUGUAGUCGUCGUCGCUUAGUCUAGUCAAUAUAUUUAUGAGUACAGAAUCUCUCUCUUCAUCGUCAACAGAUAUUAGAAAUGCAAUAUUUUGAUGAUCAUUUUCCAAAGAUGACUUUUUUUCUUUCUUUCUUUUUUAAAAAAUUGACCAAGUGUCUCAUAUCUCAACGUUUAAUUGGCAGCACAACUGACCAAAAAAAGACAGCGACCUGGGUUUGGGGCACGAGAAAGUUUCCUUUUACUCUCUUUGAAUUGAUUUGUAUCAGAAGGGCUCGGCCCCUAACGUCUGAUUCUGUUUUUUUCUUUUAGCCAUUGGAUGGCGUUUGUUUUUCCUUCUUUAAUCAGUUUUGGCCGUUUCGGUAGCAGCUUGGGAUUUUUCUGACGCAUAAAAGAAACGUCCUGUUAAUUGGUUUUGUACUAAUAUUCAGCCAUAAAACAACAGCUUGAACCAAAGUGGUUUUUCCUCAGUCGUCGCUGUGCCUGUCAGAGCACACGAAUCGUUGAUCACGAUCUCGAUCUCCACACCGCUGAAGCGAAAUAUUUUCCUCUCCUCUCACCUCGGUUCAACAUCUGAGAAUUCCUGAUGUGGUGCUGCUGGAUACGGAUCACAGACACUUUAGCUUUAACAACUUGCUGCUGCAGCUCCUGGUGGAGUUGCGCUGUUGAGAGGCCUGCAUGCUUUACCUAUAGCUUUAUGACUGCUUCCUGUGAAAAGCAGGGUUUUGUGGUUUGGAUGCUCCCGUCGAGAGGGCUCACCUUUUUGUAAAUGCAUAGAUCUGAUCAUCAGAUUAUACGACACCUCUCAGCACCACCGUUUUGACCCGGCGUGUUUGAAUACGCCCUAAAUCUGUCCGUGGACUAGUUUAAAACCUGUCAAAUGACCUCAAGCAACAUGGCGUCGGUCUAAGUUCUCUUAAUGUCGUACACAUUCAAAUAAAUCCCAAACAAAAGUAGCAUUGUCCUGCUGCUUCCAAACACAAAAUUGAAUCGCCACAGUGAUUAUCAUCAAAUCACUGGAUCUGUAAGCAGCAAAACAUUUGUGCAUGUCCCCCUCCUGUGUACUACUUUUCUGUUGUUGAUUUACUUUGACUGAAUAUACCUCAGCAGCACUUAAACACAAGGUUCACCUGUAGACACUUCUGUGUAUAGAACAGUGUAGAAUGUAUAAAGUCCUGUCUGGCUCACCAUUCAGAGUUUAUACUGAACCACACAUAAAAAAAGACAACCUACUACUGCUAUUUUCUAGAACUACUAUUUAUGGGGUAUUUCCAGGUUUUGAAUAUUAUUUUGAGCUCCUUCUUGCCAAAGUAAAAGCCUUUUUCUCUUUGCAGCUCGGCGGGUGUCUGCCGCUCACAGUUUCCCCGUCUCCGAGGGCCACAACGGGCCCAUAGGACUCGAGUCCUGCUCCCGUGCCGUUUGUAGUUGACGAAAGAGUCGAACGUGUGCUAGCGAGACGAACCAGUUGCCAUCGGCACCAUAGGAUGUUACUGAAAUAUUUAUCUUGAGGAACGACUGAAGAAUUAGAGAAGCAAACUGUUCUUAAUUCUAUACAUAUAAAUAUAUAUAUAAACACUUGUAAGAUAUUCAUAUUUUAUAUUUGAACUAGUAUGUUAUCAAAGACUGAAUGUAGUGUUUACCAUGCUUACUCAAAAAAAAAGAAAAAUUCCCCCCGUAAACCUUCCUUUUUAUUAUUGCAAAGAUAAAGCAAUUUUUUGUAAGAAACCGUUGAGACCAAAAAAAUGAUAAAAGUGAGGAAAGAAAUCUGAGGCCACGCCCUCGUGGAGCGCGAGUCGCUGACACCCGUGUCUGUCAUGUAUCGGGGAGAUCGCACAGGCGCCAGUUGGAUAGGCAAUUCCGAGGCAUCCGAUCUUAUUUCAGUUUAAUAGACAUUUUUUUAUUUUAAUUUUAAUUUUUUGUUCAUUGUAAACUUUAUUUGCUGUGCCGUCUUUAACAAUCAUUUGACUUUUAUAUUACUUUAUGCCUUUAAUUAAUUUGUAUAGUGUGAGAGGGCAAGAUCACUGGCUUUCUUAGUUUGGCAACGAAGAUUAACAUUAUCAUUUAUGCCUUAUUGUUACGUAGAAGACAUGAGCAUUGUAGCAUUGUUGUUGUCGUCGUCGUCGUUUUGUGUGUGUGUGUGUGAGCAAAAGCUGGAGCGUCGAGCUCACCUGGUGCAUUGUUUUUCACUGAAACAAUAACGGUGUACUUUGGGCAUUUUGGCACGUUGGAUGAUAACAUUUCUACCUAUGAUUUUUAGGGUGUGACUUGAGACAGGUUGAGGAUUACCUGUGAGAAAAGCUUUACUAAUAAUUCCAGCAGGUGAGUGUGUGUGUGUGUGUGUGAGUGUGUGAGACAGCAUGUCUUACAAAUAGAGGGCAGUCUGCAAACCAUUAUAGUGCAUUUUUUCCAUCUUCCAGCGGGUGUUUGAGAGUGAUUUUUAAAUGAAGUACACAAGAGUGCUUAUGUCUGUUGUUUGUCGGGGGUGGGGGGGUGGGGUUCCUCUACUGAUCAACUAGAGCCUUUAAGUGAGCCAGUUUUUUGGUUUCUUAUGGCAAAACUACAGUUUGUGUUCUACUUUUAGGUUCUUAUUAGCUGAGAACUGAUGAUCUUCUUGCCACUGACUUGGCUUUUAAUGCUUCGGGGUUUCAGUGGGUGAUUCUGAGAUUUCAAAAAUGCUCCUGUAAAUCAGCCACGCGUCGAGUUGUCGAUUCACCACACCGGUUUGCUGGUUUUACGUGUCGAUAAAGGAAGUGUGGGGUACCGUUUAAGGCAAAAGGAGCUGUUGUAUACCUCAUUUCUUACUCGAGACUGAGUGAAACCUGCUUUAAUCUACUAAACAAAAUAGGAUCAAUAUUUUAUAAAAUGUCAACAAAAAAAGAAAAAAAAAAGAUGAAAAUACACACUUGUGUCAGUGGAGAAGCCCGGUCAAACCUGUACUUAGUGAAGAGUGGUGCCGCCACAAGGGGGCGACAGAAACGUACCAGUACCCAUGAAUGUCUGCUGUUAUUCUUUCACAGUUUGUUGCACACUGAUGUAUUUCAGCAUUGGGUGGAAGAUAAUAUGUCGUAACUUGAGAUACAUGUUUCUUUCAUCCGUUUUUUGUCAGUUUAAAUUUACUUUGUUAUAUAUAUUGACCACUUGAUUGAUGUGGUGUAGGUAGAAGUGCAUUUUAACACCCAUCCCAACCCCCCUCCAUGUUUGAACACCUUUUUUUAAGUUUGACAAUCUUUUUUGAGUUUUCUUUUUUUGGCCCCACUUGAACCAGGUACAGGUAUGUGCGUGUCUUCCCACGUGACGGUGCGCUGUCGCAGCCCGCUCUCGCUUCCCCCGUGGUACCAACAUUAACCAAAGACUUCUAACUUGAUUGUAUACGAACUGACGACCCCAUCUCCCUCCUAUCCCCGCUUCACUGCUCCGGAUAAAGUCCCAGCUGCACGCUCUCACCUGAGUCUUUGAUUAAUCUGUAAAAGAAAAAGUUUGCUUUUUAUUGCAUGCGAAUGUGUAUCCGCCCGGGGAGAAAACCCCACUGCGGCCUCUCGUCGGGGCAGUGAUUUCAGUGCCUGUGGGCGGGGAUCGGCGGGGUUUCGAGCGGGGAGCUGAGCGGGCUUCUCUCUCGACAGACACAAAACUAAUCUGGUGGUAGCUGGGUGGUGUUUGUUAAUACACACUGAGGGUUGAUCCUGUGCACACUGUACAUGCUCAGGACUCAUAAUGUAUGUAUAUCAGUCUUGAGUGCUGUUGCUGGGAUGCCCGCGCCCCCUCUCUCUCAAUGACUGUGGUGAGAAAAUGCUGUUCCUGCCUCUCACAGUGCGCCCGUCUCUUCCUCAUCACCUGUACACUGUAGUCCCAGGACAUUACCCUGUUGUCUCCAGGAAUACACAUCCUGCAGUCGCUUUAGACUCACUGCUGUGUCCUCCUUCCUUUCUCCCCUGUUCCACCCUCUGCUUUGACACCAUCUCUUCACUACAGACUCUGAUCAGCUGUGACACUAUGCAUCAUGGUCCUUCACACCGCAUGGACUAUGUGUCCCUCCGGCUCAGACCUCCGGUCAACGGGCUUCAGUGACACGUUGUUUAAUGCUUUACUCUCCACGUGAGGUCGUAACUGUAGGACCUCACAAGCGCUAUCCCAAAGCAAAAAAAAAAAAUUCCAAAUAUUUAACUUUUGACAAAUGCAGAUACCAAAGAUAUCUCUCUGUCCUGUGUGUCUCUCUCUCUCUCUCUCACUCUCUCUCUCUCUCUCGCUCUCUGGCCUCUCUCCGUUCCACCCUGCAGCAUGUGUAUUAAGAGACAAACCCAGCACUGGCUUUAGUCCUAGCCUCAGUAAUUCCAAAGCUUAGAUGUAUAUUUUGGUAUAUUUCCGAGAAAAACGUGCGUGAAAAAAGCGUCUGUUUCUCGUUUGUUUGUUGUAAUCUUUUUUCUGUCACAGCAUGGAACUAAUUGCAAAACUGUCUUACUCUUGGUAGUCUCAAGAUAUAGUAUUUUUGUAUGUUUUUUGGGUGUGUCAUGUGUGUGAUUAUCAGUUCACAGCCCAAGUGACCAUGGUUUUCAACAAAAGAGAAAAAUAAGGAAAAAGAAACCCGCCAACCAUGUACAUAUUGCAUUCUGUAAAACAUUAACUACUCGUGUUGGAAGCUUGGGUUCACUUAAAGGAAUGUGUCCUUGUUUUCCCUUUUUUUUCUUAUUCUGCAGUCUGAUAAGAAUUGACUUUCUAGGACUCUAAUGUAAAGAGUCUUGGUUUCCAUUUUUGACUAUAACACUGAGGAACACUGCUCCGAUCUGACUACAAGAUAUAAAAAAGGAAAAAUGACAAAAAAAAGAAGCUUCCAGUCAUGGCGGCAUAGAACUGAAAGAUUGUGUAGGAGUUUUAAGUAUGUGAAUCAGGAUACAUAGUAGAUUUUGAUGCAUUUGUCUGCUGUAUUUUUGUUUGUUUUGUUUUAUACACAUAUACAGAUAAUCUUUUACUGUAACUGUACAGUUCUCUUUUGUUGUAAACAUCAUUAAACCAUUUUCCAAGUGA